AUGACAACCUCUGUGUUUUCUUCUGCUGAUUAUGAUGAAGAUCCUUGGGGAUCAGCAUCCAUGAAUGGAACGAGUAGUGCGUAUACAAUACCUCAGUCAUACCCAACCCACUUAAACAAUGCUGCUCAGGCAAACGGCUCACAACUUAAUUCCGCAACUAUUAUGCAAAUCGUGGUUCCGAACGGCGCUUCUUAUGUAACUCAGUCUGAAUUUAACACAGCAAUCGCAUUAGUUGGAUGUGCACAGAAUAAAAUAGGUGGGUACCCACAAAUAAAAAUGAUUACCAUCACCAGUCAUCAUCAUCAACUACCGCAACAACAACUAUUAGCAAUCAUAAAAUCAAUGUCAUCGAUUACCUCAAUUUAUGAGGAUUCAACAACUGCAGCUGCUACUCCUCGUCAAAAAUUGUCUUUGAAUAACAAUCCCGCAUUUAUUAACACACAACAAUGGUUCCAGAAUCUCGAGGAGGUCGCUGUCACCGUAGCUCCGGAAAGAGAGGGGUUCAUAUUUAAGCAUGUCAAUUAUAUUGUCACGAAUGAAAAAAGAUCAUCGAUUGUAUUGAGAAGAUACAGCGAUUUCUGGUGGUUACUGGAAGUUCUGCUCAAACGAUAUCCCUUCCGGGCUAUACCGAAUUUACCGCCGAAAAAGCUGGGAGGAAGAGAUGAUGCUUUUUUAGAAAAGAGAAGAAAAGGUCUAUCUAGGUUUAUAAAUGCUAUUAUCCGCCACCCUGUAUUAAAGCAAGAUGAUGUCGUGGCGAAAUUCUUAACGGAACCCUCAGAAUUGGCAGCUUGGCGGAAGCAGAAUCCCCCAAGUUUGGAUGAGGAAUUUAAAAGAAAUACGCAACCUAUUAGGGAGUUGGAUGAUAUGACACCACUCAAUGUAGAAGAGCAGCUCCAGCAGGCGAAAAAGAGAAUAAGCGCGGGCAUCAAGCAUUAUGUAAACCUAUGCAAUAUAAUGGAAAGGAUGAUUCGUCGAAUGCACGGCCAAGCGAGCGACUUUUCAAGAUUUUCAAUUGCGUUAAACUCAUUAGCCGAAGCUGAACUAAGGUAUCAUGCAGGCGAAUGUAGAAAUUGCCAACGUGUAGUGAGAGGAUAUGAAACAGUAGCCAAGCACAUGCAAGUUGAAAGCAAUAUAUUAGAAGAGAAUGAUUUGGACGAAAGAAGGACAAGAUUGUCUGUCAAUCAAUCCGAUACUAUUUCCAAACGUGUGUCUGCUAAUCGCGCUAAGGUUAAUCAGAAUAAAGGUGUACCAGGCAUGGAAGCAGAGGUUGAGAAGUUAGAAGAAGCUAUACGAGCAGAUGAACUGGAGAUUUCUUUGCAGCAAGACCAUGAAACUUUUACCAAAUUUUGCAUGUGGUCAGAGUUGAUAUAUGUGCAUAAACAACAGGCGUUCGUGUCAUCUUUAUACCAAAGUUUUGUAAAAGAGACUAUUCGCUUCUCUAAUUUAAGAGCGGGUAACUGGCAAAGUCUUGAAGAACCAGCAUUCGAAAUGCCCACUGAUGUUGAUCUUUUCGAAUAA